AUGAUGGAUACAGACGGGGCUUGGUUCGUUUUGAGAAAAUUACCUAUCGAAAUACAAUCGCAUAUAGUUAAUUUGUCAUUACGGAGAUGGUUCAACAUCUCCGAAAUCGUACUAUUUUUGAUUAAUAACUAUGAAAACAUUGAAAGUGACUCAUUUUUGAGCAUGGUAUUCCUGAAGAACUUGAAGAUAUCAAUAUACAAUAACAAAUGGAUCAAUUUUAAUUUUGAUGUGUUCAUUGAAGAUCGUAUGCAAAUUACAAACAAGAUUUUAGUAUUUGAAAAGUUAUUAAAGAAAGGAAAAAUUACUAUCUCAAAGUUCAAAAGACGUUAUUCUUCAGAUGGGAUGAAUUUAAUGUAUGAACCCCAAUAUUUCCAGGAGUUAUUUGACUUACACUAUUACUCACAGAAUAACCAUUUCUACGAGCUCUCAAAUGAAGUAUCCGAACAAGUCUUACCUAGAUCAUUUCACAACAAAGUUGAAUUGAGUACAUAUCAAUUGGCCACCAAUUUAGGUAACCCAGAAAAACUCAUGGAAAUUAGUUCUAAAGGGGAAUAUACAUUUGUGAUUCAUCAAUUUGAAAUAUGGAAGCUGGAAGAUUGUAGCUCUAUCAAGAAUUUAAUAAAUUCAAUUUUGAGGGUUGAAAAUAUAAGAAUAAAGUUUGAAUUGGAAGUUCACGUUAAUAUGGGGUUGUUAAGCAAUGAACUUUUUUGGAAAAUUUCAAAGAGACUACUUGAAUUAGAAACAUCUAGUGUUAAAAUUUAUAUAAACUUGGCGUUGGAUAAUCCAAUCAAUCCACCAUGGUGUCACAGUGUUUCUUGUCAUGGUUUCAAUGAAAAUGACGAUAAUUGGAUAAUGUUUCGAUGGAUUGGAACUGAUUUGAUAUAUACCGGUAAUUUAAAACAUAUCAUGGAAUAUAUGAACAAAGUGGACACAAUCGCCGACAGAAAUCUACCAUCCCAAUGGUUUGAAUUUCUUCCGGAUUUUGUCAAAAACAUAAGGUUAAGGUUGGAUGAAGACUUGGGGGAAAAUGAAGUUUUUGAAAUCCCCAAGAAUUUGGAUGUUUUGACAAUUGAAAACUUUGAUAAGCCGUCCGAGAUUGAUUUUAAGUUCCUUGAAAACCCCAACAAUUAUAGAAUAAAUGCUUUACGGGUUGAUAUCUUGAUCGAGAAAUGCGAAAUACCAAUUAGAAACUUCAGCAGAUUAGCAAAGAAUGUGCAGAAUUUAGUGUUCGCUUCAGAUGGCGUUGAGAACUUUUCAAUUGAUGAGUUAAGUUGGGAUUUCAAGGAGACUAUUACCGAAUUAGAUUGGGUUCGAUCUAAUCUUAAACUUAAAAACACCAAAUGGAACAAAAUUGACUCAGAGUUAGAGAUGAAAAAGUUAAACUUUGAGUAUGUGAAAAUAUAA